AUGCGUGAUGACAGCUUCCUGAUUGAGUGCGAUGUCACUGUUAUGGAAGAACCAAAGGUGGGGCUGACAGCGACUACCUUCAACAUCCAAGUCCCUCCCUCAGAUUUAGGGGAGGAUUUGGGAGAAUUUCGGGAGACACAAGAGGGAACAGAUGUCAAUUUCAAGGUCAAAGGGAAGAAUUUCCAUGCACAUAAGGCUGUGGUUGCAGCGCGAUCUCCGGUCUUCAGAGCAGAGCUCUUUGGGCCGAUGAGCGACGUGGCAAGGCGGGACAUAAGAAUUGAAGAUAUGCAGCCUGCUGUAUUCAAGGCAUUGCUUCACUUCAUCUACACGGAUUCUUUGCCUUCCAUGGAAAAUCUGGAUGGAGAUGAGGGUAAAGAAAUGGUUAAGCACUUGCUGGUGGCUGCUGAUAGGUAUGCCAUGGAAAGGAUGAAGUUAAUGUGUGAGAGCAUCCUUUGCAAGAGCCUUGAUAUUGAGAAUGUCACUUCUACGUUAGCUCUAGCUGACCAAUAUCACUGCAGCAACCUCAAAGAUGCUUGCCUUGAUUUUGUAACUUCUCCAGAUAGAAUGGAUGAUGUGAUCUCAAGCCAAGGGUAUGCUCAACUUAAAAGAUCUUGUCCUACUGUCAUAAUAGAUGUCUUGGAGUGGGCAACUAAGUCUCGCAAAAUUUAG